UGCUGAGAUUCAAGAGUGCUAAAAAGUUGUGGAAUUGUUGAAAUAUAACAGGAAUAAUGGGUUUUAAUAGCAUACCAGAAUAGCGUUUUUUACGAUUAUGCUAUGUUUUUGAUACCCGUGUUUUAAACAUAGCGUUUGCCUUUUACGAGACGCUAUGUUCGAAUGUCGACUUAAAAAAAUUAAAAUAAGCGUACAGUUUUGACGGAGACGCUUAUGUAUUAUAGCAAAGAAACAUAAAAACUGUUAUCUUUAGUUAGUGCGGUAAUGCCCGCGACACUUAGAAAAUUUUUGGCUCCUAAAAUUAAUUAAGCUCCAAAAAAAAAUAGAAACCCCCAAAAAUUAGGGUUCUCCCAUCUCUUGUUUGUGUCUCCCCCAUUUCCUCCAUUCGAUCGAUAAUCUGAAACCAAAACCUCUCAUUUCUCUGAAUCUAGCUCACAUCAAAUCUCACUCUCAAUUAUCAAGCUCUUUACUUAUCUCAUCCAGAAUCGGCAAAAUCACGUCCCCUCUGAUCGAAAUCCAUCUCCAAUCUGUCGUAGGUGAACUCGGGUUUUCUCACAUUGUCUCCAAUUCUGAUUGUUAACCGUUUAUCUCUUUCGUAGUAGUGAUUUAAUUGCAUGUUUAAUUGAUUCGUUUUUGUGCUCUCUGUUGCAGGGAGAUUUCGUUCCAGAGUUUUCGAUUAAGGUAUCGUUUUUGUGCUCUUUAGGUUUCUCGAUGAAGAUUAUAAUUUGCUGGGUUUAUUAACACCGUUGUCUUCUUUUGUAGCUAGGUCAAAUCAAAGUUCAAGAAAUCUAUCAGGUAAAAUUAGUAACAAAACAAUUCCAUUUAAGAACUCUCAUUCUGUUUUGUUCUUUGUGGGUUGAUAAAGUUAAUCACUUGUAUGUAAACUUGGUUUGGAGCUGAAACAUGGACAAAUCUUGGGUUUGGUUACCAAGGUAUUAACUUCACUUCACACUCUUUUAAUUUCUCGUUUAUGUAUAUCUCAUUAUGCUAAACUGUUUAUCUCUCACUUGUGGUAACUCGACAGGAAUAGCCUUGAGUAUGAGAAAGGAGCCAAUGACUUUGUGUCUUCUUCAUCGAGCCGUUUAGGUGUUCCAGCUGAAAUGUUCUGCCCUUGUGUUGAUUGCCACAAUGUCUGCCAUCAGUCUAGUGAUACAGUUUUCGAGCAUCUUGUGAUUAGAGGGAUGGAUCCGAAGUACAAGAUUUGUAAAUUCUGGUCUAAACACGGAGAUAUAAGGCCUGAUAAGCCAUGUGAUAUCAACUCGUCUGAGAAUGAGGCGUAUGAGUUGUUUAGAACAGCUUUCAUGGCAAGUGAAGACUAUCAGUCAGCUCAGCAGGAGAGUUCAGAGGCGUUUGCGGGUAUUGACAGACCAGAAGAAGCUGAGUUCAGAAAAAAAUUGGAGGAUGCAGAAACUCCGUUGUACUCUCAGUGUGCUAAAUACACGAAGGUUGCUGCGAUCAUGGGACUCUACAGGAUUAAGGUCAAAAGUGGGAUGUCUGAGAGCUAUUUUGAUCAGUUAUUGGUGUUAAUUCAUGACAUGCUUCCGAAGGAGAAUGUGCUACCUAAGUCUACAGAUGAGGUUAAUAAAUUUCUGAAACAGUUUGGGUUUGGGUAUGAUGUCAUCCACGCCUGCAAGAACGUCUGUAUCUUGUACAGGAAGAAGUAUGAGGAUUCGGUCAGCUGUCCAAGAUGCAGUGAAUCAAGAUGGGAGAAGGAUCAGCAUACUGGUGAAGAGAAGGAAGAUGUACCACAGCUUUGUCUUCAAAAGUCAGAGCUACCAAAAACAAGGCUCAACUACAGAUAAUUAAGCCCAGCAACAUACAAUCUGCGACUGCGUGGAACAAUUGGGUUAAAGGAAGAUGUACCACAGCUUUUAAGGUAAUAUAAAAUGUGGAUUGAUUAGAGUCUGUGUAUAUUAAUAUUAAUUGACUGAAAUUGUAAUGUGCUUGUUUAGGAACAAAGUGAUAAAUACAGGGAACUCAGGAAGGGACAAAUUCCUCAUACCACUAGUCGUAAAGGGAUGAUUCGACUUGCAGAUGAGAUGGUAUGUUUGUAUUUUCCAAACCUUUGGAAUUAUAAAUAAUUUCAAUUGCUGACAACAAAUUCAUAUAAAUUGUAGAGGAAAAACAGUAGUGAUCCUAGAAGGUAACUAGAACAAAGGUUUGGGUCGCUGGUCACACGCAUUCUGAUGGAAGACCUGUGAGUCAAGAAUUUGCAGAAACAAUAGUAAGAUGAUUUUAUUUCGUAGAUUUAAAUUUACUUGCAAGUUUGUUAGUAUGAGGACAUUUUACAACAGUCGUUAUAUAUGUUAAUGCAGGAGAAGAUUAAGAGAAUUGGCAGUGAAAUGGGGUCAAGUUCAGAUAAUGUCGGUAAAGAUGCUGUCGCUCAGGUGCUAGGAAAGGAUAAACCAGGAAGAAUUAGGGGGAUGGGGAGAGGGGUUACUGCAACCAAGUUGGCAUUCUUACAUGCUAGAGACUCCCAUGUUCAGAAGCUUCAAGAUACGCAAGCAGAACUAAUCAACAAGAUUGAAGAUUGGCAAAAUGUGGUCAAAGACUUAGCCGGCCAAAAGGUAAGUUCCUUACAAUAGAUUUUUGACUAUAUAGCCUUUUAAGUGCUAUCUGGCUUUAAGAAUCUUGUUUAUUUCUGUCUGUGUUAGAAAAAAAACGAUUAUCGUUCUAGCUAUGAAGUAAGUGAUAUUAGCUAUGAUGAUGUCGUUGUUGCUGAAGGAGAAUACCACUCUAGUGAACCCUAUUAUAAGAUUGGUCGAAUUCCAUUGGGUUCAAUUGCGGCUGCUGUAGUAGUGACGUCUGUCUCAGUAGAAACAGCAUCUAUAUGGAGACCUACAGCAACUUGUGCUAGGCUUGCUCAGGCGGUUGGAGUGAAAAUUGCAUGGCCAGCUUAUAAGAUAAUCCUGGACGAUGAUAUUGACUUAUCAAGCAAUGGUAACAUCAACGGAUCAGAGGUAAUUAUAUAUUGUUAAGAUCUUCCCUAAUAUACAUUGAAUACAUGACUACUGAAAUUUAUCUUUUUUUAAUGAUUCAUCCUACGGAUGCGUCUUUUGGAAAAGUUCAAAUCUUUGACUACUGGAAAUCAGAAGAAGAAUUAAUUGCUGAGGGUGUAUUGUUGUCGACUGAUCCUGUUGAACUAUUGAACCAAGUACCGCUAGGACCGAAUGCUGCAAUUCUUAGAGUGUAUUUGGGUUGUGAAAUCUGAUGCUUUUAUUUGGAGACCUACUCGUGAAAUGACCAAGAUGGGUGAUGCCCUACGUGGGAAAAUUGCAUGGCCUAUCGAUAAGAUACUACUACCUGAUGAAGAUUCACCAAAAGAAUCAAACAAGAAUUCCAUUCAGAGUGGUAGUAACAGCAGUGGCUGUAGCAGCAAAGGUGGUAAACAGAAGUGCGCUCUCUUGGACUGUAAUAAUUCUGGACACAGAGUGGCUUUAGGUCGUGUGUUCUCAACUGAUCCAGCAGAGAAGGUGCAUUUCAUCCCUUUAGGUCCCAAUGCUUCUAAGGUUUGGGUAGAGGUUUCCGAGUACGAUGGGGCACGAGUGUGGAGGCCAAACUCAGAAAUUGAAUACAUUGGUGAUGCAGUUGGAAGCACGGUGGCUUGGCCAAAUGACAAACUUGUUUUAUUGUAAGAAAGAUCUGUUGCUUUUGAACUUGUUAUGCUAUUAUGCUAGUUGCAGCACACUUUGAACUUGUUAUGCUAUUAUGCUAUUAUGUAAUAUUUGACAAGAAUGUUUUAAUGUUGAAUCUUUGAAGUUUAUGUUUCAUAAUAUAAUGUCUAACAAAAAAAAAUCGAGUCUAUAUAAAAAUAAAUAUAUAUAAAUUAUUAAAUGAAAUAUAUAAAUAUUAUAAUUAUUUAAAUAUGCUAUAUAUUAGCAUCAAUAUUAGCUGCUAUAAUUUCAAAAUAAUAUAUAUAGCAGGAACUAUUAAUUGCUAUAUAUGAAUUAAAAAUAACUACUCGAAAACGCUGUUAAUAAUAUUUCUAAUAACAUUAAUGACGCGCUAUUAAAUAGGUUACUAUUGCAAAUACAAAAGCGCUAAAGAUUUCGAAGAAACGAUAGCACCGCGAAAAAGUGUUAUCUAAUGUGCCAUACCUACUAUGACGGGCGAUGAUACAGCGUUCCUUAAACCGCUGUUGAAUUGUUAGAUAACGUUUUUCGUCCACUAGUAAAGCCCAUUUUUCUUGUAGUGAUAUCAUCUCUAAGUUAUUACAUUUAGAGAUGUAACUGAUAUGACAAGAUUCUAUAUGAACAUACUAAAUCUAAUAAAGAGAUUAUUCUCUUAACAUGAAUAUGAUAGUAUAAUAUUCACUAAAGCCUAAAGUCAAAAUGCAUAGACAUGAUCCAAACUUAUACAAGAAUAUAAGUAUUCGUCGUUUUAUCGUAAAGUUUCAACGGUUACUCCGAUUGAGACGAAACAAGAGAAAAUUUGACCAAGACGAGUAUAUGGAAAAGACUGAUCCAACUCGCCAUUGGGAAAAGACUGAUCCAACUCGAUGUUGGUCGAGUUGGAUUGGUUGAUCGAACUCGCUGUUGGGGGAGUUGGAUGAGGUUCGUCCAACUCGCCGAACCGCGAGUUGGACUUGGCUUAUCCAACUUCCCCAAUGGCGGGUCAGACGAUGUUGGUUUGGCUGUUCCGAUGCUCGGGAAAUGUCCUUUUGAUGGGUUGAAUGAUCCCUUGCGAGGAGCUUGUCGUGCAAUAGUUCUUAAAAAUACAAAGUUUUAGUUUUCUGUAUUCUUAUUUUCUUUUUAGAAAGGUUUCUCGGGAACUUCCUGACAUUGAUUUUUUCGUUACCGAUUUUGACCCCAACUGUUAGCCCCCCAGCUCGCAAGUUCUGAUUUCGAUUCUUGCGUGCUGUUAGGUAGGUUAGGCAAGUUAGGCGGGAUCAAUGACCGAAAGUCCGAGAGUGAAUAGUAGAUUUUCCUUUCACUUAUGUGGAGUAAGUUUUCAAAAUCUUUAUUUGCUCACUUCCACAAGAAUUUCUUAAUGUAGAAAGAUCAUUCUCUCCGGCCCUUUGUUGCUUUUGGAUUAUGUCUCAAGAUCAGAGAGAUUCAGACAAUGUUUUGCUUUCUUACUUCGAUACUAAGAGCCUCGAAUCCCCAAAUAGCCAAACCAUCGUAAAGACCUAAUUUGUGGCAUAUUCAGUUCAUCCUAAGGAAGCAGACAUAUAUUGGAGGCCCAGGAGGUUCCUCCGAGUGAGUUGUAGCUUCCUCCUAAGUCUAGUAACAAAAGAGUCAUUGGCUGUCUGAGCCGCAGCCAUCCUUCGUACCUAAAGGUCAUCCGACGUUUCUGCCAUAUUCCAGACUCGGUGGAAUUUCGACUUUCAUAGGCUGGGGAACAUGCUGGUGCUCCUCCGGAUGGUUAUUUCACGUGUUACGAAGCUCAUUUGUUGUGUUGCCGUUUGUGGUCCCCCAUCCCGGAGAUAAUCGUUCGGAUCCCAACCGGUUUGGAUUCUCGAUAAGACAGAUUUUGUUUACAGGUUUGUAACAUCUUGUCGGGAUCUUGGUCUUGAGUUACGAGUGGGGAUGACUCUCGACACUGAUUAUCUCGAGGCUUUAUUGCAGCCAAUGGCGAUUAGGAAUUCACGGAUGUGCAGUUUGGCCCCAAGGAUGAAUAUGGCGACAAUCAAGAGGUUUGCUUCAAACUCGCACGAGCUUUGGAAACAUUCCUUUUUCGUACACAUAGACAGUGCGUCUGUCGAGGAUAGCUGCAUCCCCACAUUACAGAGUCGAUGGGGUAAGGGUAUCUCGAUCAGAUACCUGUCAAUUCGUUUUCAAAGAUAACCAACAUUCUUCCUCCGUGUCCUGAGGACAUACACAACGUUAGAGAUAUUCUCCAGGGUGGACCAUACUUUUGAGGCCACUUUUCCCCAUAAUGAGUUCGUCUUGUAGUGGCUUAUAACCGUUCUCGACUUCAACAUGAUUUGCUGGUCGAAGAAGAAUCGGAAACGAGUAUGGAAGAAUUUGUCCCCUAUGACAUUCCAAAUUAAAGGGAGAGAUCAAGAUCUCCCAAGAAUAAGCAUAUUGCUGUGGAUGAUGCAGUCGACUGGAUGGAGUAUCUGACGGAUGAGUUGUUCCAUAACUUCCUCUAUAGCCAGGCUAGUGGAAGCAUCACUGACCAGGCUGACCUGCCGGGAUUUGACAACUCUGCCUAUUAUUUCGACCACUUUUUCGAUUUUGGGAUGGGAUUCUGUUGAGUUGAAGGGGUCAAGGAUGUGGAACGGGGUUACUUCUCGCCUUUGGACGUUUUUGUAUGUAUAUAUAUUUUUUAACAUAAAGGACUUUACAAAUCCAAGAAAUUUCCGUAGGGCCUCCACCUCAUGACCGAGGCUCUUAAGGCGAGCCGCACGGAAGCACGCACAGCCUUGUUUUAAGGCUGAGCUGGCAGAGAAGAAGAUCGCCUGUUUGAAGGAUCAGGCUGCAGCUCCCUUCGUGAGAAGGAGUUAGCUGUGAAAGAAACUCGCAGAGCGUAUAGGAAGGGGAAGAUAGAGGUUUCUGACAUCGUGAAGAAUUGCUAUACCGAGUUUUUGAACGAGAUCUAGGAGCUCAGAAAGAUGUACAAGUUGUUGGGGUCAAAAACGGUUAUCUCGAAAUCAACGGCUAAGAUUAUUUCUUAUCUACGGAUUUUCCGCAAAACAAUCGCUGAAAAGAAAAACCGAGAAAACGAACAACCGAAACGGGUUACCCGGGGGACACAGCCCCGGACGCCAGGCGGCCAGUCCCGAACCACGGCCCCGGGCGCCAGUGGCCAGGCCGACGACACGGCCCUGGGCGCCGGCGGCCAGCCCGAACGUCACGGCCCGGGGCGCCAGCGGCCAGCCCGACAUCACGGCCCUGGGCGCCGGCGGCCAGACCCGCGUCACGGCCCCGGGCGUCGGCGGCCAGACCGACGUCAUGGUUCUAGGCGCCGGGCCAUUCGGCAAGUGUGGCCAAUUCUUCGUAAAACCAUCCCGAUGCUAGUCCAAUCCCGCACUUUGCAUCCUUACUCGGAGCCUCGCAGUUCGAAUCCUUAGAAUCGUGAAUCUAAAACUCCCAUUUCGUUUCGAUCGGAAUCAUCGGGAAAGUUUCGGAAAACCACGAAAGCUUCGGUUGAUGGAUAGAUCUCAAUUCAUCGUAUAAGACGAUGACGGUUAUCCUAAAACACCAUCAUCUCAACUAUAUGAAGAAUUGGAGAUCUUUCAGAAGAUCGAAAUCGUGACAAGAGUACUUUCUCGGAAAAAUCGCAAGAACGUCGAACGUUUAAAGAACGGCCCGGAAGGAUCCAAACAUGACCAAGUGGCCCGUUUACGAUUUUUUAAAUUAAGUUCGAGAUAAGUAUGACGGUUUUUGUUUAUCUUUACAUAACAAGAUAAAUAUCAAGUUUCCCGAAGAUAAAUGUCAAGUUUCCCGAUAAACAUGGAAGAUCGACGAAAAUGGAAAAAGCCCGAUUCGCGAUAGAUCUGGCAUAAAGGGAGAAUAGACCGACCUAGGAGGAGUAUAUAAAGAAGCUUGGGGAAGAGGGAGAGCCAUGAGAGCAAAUCCGAGAUCUAGAAACUUAGAGAAUUCAUGUUAGCUUAGAGAACUUAGGGCUUAGGUGGUUAGACUAGCAAGGCAAGACUUAGGACGUUUUGUAUUACAAUAAUGCACUUGGAAGGCCCAAAAAGAAAAAGAUCAUCGCAAGAAGCACAUCGUGAGAAAAAUAAAUAAAUAAAUUUGUUCCUUGAAUCUAAUCACACGUUUCUUGCUGGUCAAGUUAGUUUUUUUUUUUUGUCAACAAACGGCUAUUCUAUUACUCAAACAUGAGGUGGUCUGGGUAGGCAGACCGGAAUAGAACAAUCAAUAAAACAAAGAGAUCUAUGAAAAGAUCGAACAUUCCUAGCUAAAGAAUCAGCAAUUUCAUUAUGUGUUCUUGGCACGUAGGUGAUCUUGAAAUCCGAAUAACACAUGAGGAUGAUUUGAAUGGCUUCUAGCUCCGUUGAAAAGUUUGGCCAGGCUUGGGGUUCCUUUAUCAUAGGUAUCAGGUCCUUGCAAUCUGUACCAAAAUGUUGGCAGUUUGAAUGUUGAAGCAUGCUUUCCAAUGCCCAUUUCAAUGCUUCCAAUUCCGAGUGUAGUGCUGUCUCCCACCUCCUUAAAUUCCGUGUUCCUAUAAGUUGGAUCUUUCCCGUGUUAUCCUUCCAUACCCAACCAAUUCCACUGAAUAGAUCUGUGGAUGUCCAAGAGCCAUCCACCAUACACAUAUUAUUCAAGCUUAAGACUUGUACCACUUUAGUGUUUGGUGCCUGAGUGGGUUUAGGCAUAGACUCCUUAGCAUUAUACCAAGCCUGACAUUCACUCUCUGCAUACCUGACCAGUUCUAAAGGGUCCCUGUCAAUCCCCCUGAAUAGCUUAUCAUUCCUCGCCUUCCAUAUGUACCAGAUUAUCCAGGGAUAAGGGUCUCUAUCAUCUUCUGGCCUUCUAAUUGUAUUUUUCCUCCAGAAAAGGUAGUCCAUAUUGGCGUACAUACUCGAUAUGGGGAAAGUUUGGGGGUUUGAUCGCGUAGAUGAUAGUUCCCAUGCUUGUAACGCUGGCGGACAUUCAAAGAUCGCAUGGGUUACAUUUUCCUCUAGCUCUCCACAUCUUGGGCAGUAAUCAUCACACCGCAGAUUACGACGUAUUAAGUUCCUUGUUACUGCUACCUGUCCCGAAAUUAAUUGCCAUAUAAGAUGGUGAAUUUUCUGAGGUGCGUUCACUUUCCAAGAAAAGGCUUGAAGUUCAGUGAUGCUAGGUUGUGUAACUUCAGCUUCCUCCUCCGCAUCCAAUAUAUUUGUAGCAACCCUGUAAUAACCCUCUUUAAAGAGUAAAACACAGGCAAGGAAAAAUCUUGUAACAGCCGAGAAAAUUACUCAAGUAAGUGGAAGUCGGAUUGAUCUUUUCCCGUAGAUGUUGUGGAUCCCAAGGUACAUAAGAAAAAUUUAGAAAGUCUUAGAAUAGUUUUCCAUCUGAAGAAAUAAAUUCUUCACGAAGUUUAGUGGAUUGAAAAUGCUCGCGGUUCGGCCUCGAACGUCCUAAUCGGACGAGAAAAUUAAUCGAAAAUUUACUAUAAGGCCUUAAGAUAGGAAUGACCUUAGAGUUAUUUUAGAAAUGUUUAGGUCUAAGAAAUUUAGGUUUUUGUCAAGGAAAAACAUUUCCGCCAGCUCGGAUAAGCUUAUAACACGUUCGGGAUUUAAAUACGGCCCAUUAGGGACCAUCUACGAUGUGUUAAGCAUAUCCAGAAGCUUCUGGAGGAUGCAGCUGCUUGUCUACCUCCUUAAGCAGCUAGACAUGUGUUAAUCCUUUAUUGGAGAAUCCUCCAAGCAGCUCUGGCUUAUGUCCUAUUGGUUGAAAUGGUGGCUGGCCACAAAACUUGUUUUAAUUGGACAUAUUUGUGGCUGCACACCAAUCUCUCUCCAAUUGGUUGCAUGGGGCACCCAGGACACCUCCUGCUUGCUAUGCACGACCAAAACCCUCCCAUGAGCUCAUUCUCCAGCCUAUAAAUAGCAGACCACCCCCUUUAGUUAUUUCUUAUGCUUAGAACCCUAACCAUAGCAGCUCGAAAAAGUCAAAACCCUAAGGUAAAAUGUUUUUGUCUUUAGCUUUCUUUUUAUUUAAAUUUUUUUUUUUUUUUCUAAGUUAGAACUUGGGUAGCCUUUCUUACCCUACCCUUCCUGUAUUUAGAUUUCUAAAGCUCUAGAGUUUUCUGAUAAAAGUUUAAAGUGAAGCCGGCCGCGAGAUAGAAGCGUUUCCAGUCCAAAACUUUCAUCUAAGUGUUGAGGUCAGUCUCGGUUAUGGGUUAUGAUUGUUGUGUGUGCGACUAGCGCCUGCAAAACAAGAGUAACGGUUGAUGCAUUGCUAGGUUGCGCGUUUAGAUAUAUAAUGAUAUGAUAAUGAUUGAUGUUUGUGAAAGAUAUUGAGUUAUAUCGUCGGGCUUCGGCUCGAGGGGUAUAACAUGAUUGUGAUACAUUGAUAUUGUGUUGCAUAUACUUAUGUCAUUGCAUUAUAUUGUUUGGGCCUCGGCUCAGAUAAUAUAACAAGUUUGAUCAUAUCUUAACGGGGAAACCCGUAAAUCCACGGACUUGAUCCGUGAGAGUCCGACACUCGGGUGGAGUGUUGUGAGAGUCAUUGGUGUCCACUCGAGGCCCGUGCCUUGUUUGGGGCCUUACCAAAAUUAGUUCCGGGCAGGUCGCGAAGACACGUGUGAUAGGGUUAGCUACCCUCGACCGUGUAGCUGCAUGACGAUGCGGUUAGUGUGUUAUCCGGGCCAUCGGCUUUUUAGACUUUGUUUUCAGAGUCAAUGGGCGCAAGAAGGGAUGUGUUAUGGACUUUGUAUCGAGAUAGGAACCAAUGGCGAGAGGCAGUCCUCGAGGAUCGAUAAUGAUCUAACCACUCGUGAAGAGUGGAUGCUUGUUUACAUGAUUGCUUUAUUUUUGCAUUGCAUAUUUCUUAAUAUAAUUGAUCCUUGUUGCUUAAUGUUUGAUGCAUAAUGGGGGGAUAAAUAAUUGUUAGGAAACCCGACUCACUGAGCAAAAUAGUUGCUCAUUAGACUCUUUGUUUUGUAGGUAACCCGUAGUAGUAGGUUCCAUUGGGAUCAGAGGAGCACAAAGCUGUUGGUGUAGAUUUGCUACCUUUUGCAAACAUGUACGUUUUGUAAUAUGUAAGAUAUGGUUUUGAACUUCGGCCGAGCAUGUAUAAAGUUUUGAUGUGGUUGAUUUAAAGUAUAUGAAUAAGAAAAGGUUUGUGAAAUGCUUGGAUUCCAUAUGAUACUAGUCCUAGUCUGGGACGAACUAACUAACGGUUUCAAGCGCGGGUUGAAAAGCCUUAACUUGGAAUCGCUAGGAAACCCGUUCUUGGACAUAUGAUCUUAGGAUUUCGGAUCUCAUCUGGGAACCUCGGAUCAAAUGUUCGGGCACGUGGUAGUAGUAUCUUCGAUCUAGUUAGAGUUCUUUAGUUCGUCGUGCAUGUUCUUGUUUGAUUGGUGCAUGGCAAACUAAUUAACUUUUAUUUAUUCCGGAUCGGGGGAGUUACAACGAAGGUGGUAUCAGAGCAUGGUUCACUCUGCUCACUUGGGAACAUGUUUUCAAUAAUUUAUCGAGUCAAAGGUGUCGCAAAAGGUAGAAUAGGAAACCAACAUGCUCCUUUGUUAGAUAAGUUGAGAUUAGUACUUACCAUGGGUUGUACUGCAGUAUGUUUCCAAGACGUACAAGGUGUGAGGAACCAAUGAUGACACCACCAAGAUAUGGACAACGUAAUUCUGAAAACCGCAGAGUCUAUUCAAACCUUGAGGUAACAGAUGAUUCUGCGAUAGCACAAGGAAAUAACCAUUGCUAUGAACACGAACAUGAGUCGACCGGGAGAAAUCCGACGGAUUCACUUAUGGGCUAUGAGCAAGAAGAACGAUAUGAGGAUCUGAGGGAGAGGAAUCACGCACCUGAUAUGUAUGGAUCAAGGCGGAAUUAUGCAACAACACAUAAUCCAAGGCGGAAUGAAUCUGAGUUCAUGCACCGGGAAAGGACGCCCGAGCCACGUUGUAGGAAAGAACAGAGGACAGCUGAGAGUUCUGAUCCUCUUAUAGUAUUAGUACAAGGCUUGCUAGAUAGACUUGAUCAUAGAACCUGUGAAUCAUCAGAGCGAAGACCAUCCUCUCCUCCUGAUUACCUGAAGAUGGUCACGUUAAUGAAGAAAUUUGGAACCGUUAGAUAUCCUGGAGGAACAGAUCCCUUCGAAGCGUCAACAUGGCUGAGGAAUUUGGAGAAACACUUUCGGGCCAUCCACUGCCCUGAUAAUUUCAAGAAGGAUGUGGCAAUAUACUACUUGACUAAAGAUGCUUCUGGUUGGUGGGAUAACGUGGAAGAAUACUAUAUGGGAAGAGAGAUCGACUGGGAAGAUUUUAAAAUGAAAUUUGAACGGAAAUACUUCCCACCUGAAGCAAAAGACAGGCUGGAGAUUCAAUUCUUGGAGUUAACUCAAGGCAACCGGAAAGUCAGGGAGUAUGAGGCAGAGUUUACAAAGCUAAGGAAAUAUUCUCCUUAUGGAGCAAGGAAUGAAGGUGCACUAAUUCAAAGGUUUAUAAGAGGAUUGCGAGCGGAUUUGGCUAGCCGAUUGCAAGUAGUGAAGUUUCAUAGCCUUUAUGAAUUGGCGGAGAUAGCGGUAAAUGUUGAAGAAGGUAUGGAAAAGGAGCAAGCCAUGAUGAAACAUGCAGAGCCAUCUCGCAGAACUGAAGGGCUAGGAGUACGAAGAAUGAAUAAUAAAGGACAAUUUAAUCGAGGGAGAGGCCCAGGAAGAAGGAAUGACAGACGGUUUACGAAUGGCCCAGAUGUGUGUUACACUUGUGGUGGUACAGGACAUUUUUCUAGCAGUUGUCCUUAUAGUCAGGGAAGAAAAGCCCCUGAUUAUAUUACUUGCUUCUCGUGUGGUGAGAAAGGGCAUUACGCCAACAGUUGUCCCCAUAAGAAACAAGUUACGCUUCCAGCACCACCCACUAGACUAGCGAUUGAACCAGCCCCGAAGCGCCAGGCAGUUGGAAAGCAAGUGAAUGCUUUAGAGUUAGGAAAACCUGAACCACAACAGCCCCAUCAGGGACCGAUCACAGGUAAGUAGGGUUUUAACUCAUUGCUUGUUUGUGUGAAUUUGAUGCAUGAAAUAUAAAAUGUGAAAUAAAUAUUGUUUAGGAACAUUGUGUGUUGGUGGAGUUUAUGUGCAUGUUCUCUUCGACUCGGGUGCCACACAUAGCUUUGUGAUACCCGAGGUAGUGUCGAGUUUUAGGGAACCUUUACUAGAGUAAAGGUAGGUGUUUCAGUUAGAACCCCUGGGAACCAUAACCUUCGUGCCGAUAGUUGUGUACUUGGGAUUCUAAUCUAUGUGGGAUCAAUGGUCUGUCCGGCAGACCUGCUAGUUGUUCCUUUAGGACAACACGUGAUUUUGGGCAUGGACUGGCUGUCGAGAUACUACGCACAGUUGGAUUGUGGUCGAGGAAGAAUUACACUUGAAGAAAGCGGACAACCAUCAACGACAUACUAUGGAAUAUGUCCAAGUGCUGGAGUGUCACUUGUAUCUGCCUUAAGAGUUGAGAAAGAUUUGAUCGAGGGCGAGGUAUAUCUUGUAACUCUAACUACCCUUGGAGGAGAAUUGAAUGAAAGGACAAAGUCGGAAGAGAUAGCAGUAGUAAAAGAAUACCAUGAUGUAUUCCAGCCAUUGGAAGCAGUGCCUCCACCACGAAGUGAUCCUUUCACCAUUACAUUAGAGCCGGGAGCAGCCCCAAUAGCUAAGGCACCUUAUCGAAUGGCUCCAGCUGAGCUUGCUGAAUUAAAGAAGCAGUUGGAAGAUUUGAUAGAAAAAGGAUUUAUCAGACCGAGUUCUUCACCAUGGGGAGCACCAGUCUUAUUUGUAAAGAAGAAAGACGGUACCAUGCGGUUAUGCAUCGAUUAUAGAGGGAUUAACAAUGUUACAGUAAAGGACAAGUAUCCCUUGCCAAGGAUCGAUGAAUUGUUGGAUCAGCUUCAGGGGGCAAGCUGGUUCUCAAAGAUAGAUUUGGCAUCAGGAUAUCAUCAAAUCCCAAUAUCAGAGUCUGAUAUCAUGAAGACGGCUUUUAGGACCCGAUAUGGCCACUAUGAAUUUGUGGUAAUGCCUUUUGGUCUUACUAAUGCGCCGGCUGCUUUCAUGCGCUUGAUUAAUGAUAUAUUUCGUGAUUACUUGGAUAAAUUUGUAAUCAUCUUUAUUGAUGAUAUACUUAUUUAUUCCAAGAGUAAAGAGGAACAUGCAGUGCACCUCCAAAAGGUGUUAGAGCGAUUAAGAAGCCAUAAGUUGUUCACCAAGUUUAGUAAAUGUAGUUUCUGGAAAAGGGAGAUUGGAUUCUUUGGUCAUCGAGUGUCAGAGAAGGGAGUUGCAGUAGAUCCUGAAAAGGUUAAAGUAGUUAAGGACUGGCCACGCCCUACCAGCGCUACCAAGGUUCGAAGCUUUUUAGGAUUGGCUGGGUAUUAUCGAAAGUUUGUGAGGAACUUUUCCAUCAUGGCCAAACCCUUGACGAGGCUGACUGGGAAAGAUAUAUCAUUUGAAUGGGAUAAGAAGAGGAAAAGGCUUUUACACAAUUAA